AUGGCAGGGAAGAAAAGACAUGCAACUGUGAAAUCGGACGAUGAAGAGGACGAAACUCCAUUGAAUAAGAAAGUUAAAUUGGAAUCUAAGGAUGAUGAGGACUAUAAUGAUGAUGAAGUGGAGGAGAAUAACAAAGAUGGAGAAGAAGACGGGGAUAUAUCAAUAGAGAUCAAAGAAGAAGAAAAGAAGAACGGAAAAGAUGAAAAUGGCAAACAGGAGGAAGGAGACGAAGAUGAAAAUGAAAAUGAAGACGAGGAGGAUGAAGAGGAGGAAGACGAAGAAGAAGAAGAAGAGGAUGAUGAUGACGAAGCUGAAGAAGAACGAAAACGAACAACGACAUUUAAUUUUGAUGGAGAGGUGUAUACAUUCAAAGAAAGACCUUCAGUAAUUGAAGAAAAAGACGGCAGGAUAGAGUUCCGAGUAGUCAACAACGACAAUACAAGAGAAAGUUUAAUCGUACUAACAGGAUUAAAGAAUAUUUUUCAAAAACAAUUACCCAAGAUGCCUCGAGAAUAUAUUUCACGAUUAGUAUAUGAUAGAUCACAUUUAUCAAUGGCAGUUAUAAGGAAACCAUUAACAGUUGUUGGAGGAAUAACUUAUCGACCAUUUAAUAAUCGAGAAUUUGCCGAAAUUGUAUUUUGUGCCAUUUCUUCAACUGAACAAGUCCGAGGAUAUGGUGCUCAUUUAAUGAAUCAUUUAAAAGAUUAUGUUCGUGCUACUUCUCCAAUCAAAUAUUUCUUAACUUAUGCUGAUAAUUAUGCCAUUGGAUAUUUCAAAAAACAAGGAUUCACCAAAGAGGUCACAUUAGAUAAAUCUGUCUGGAUGGGUUAUAUCAAGGAUUAUGAAGGUGGUACUCUAAUGCAAUGUUCAAUGCUUCCAUCUAUAUUGAGAUAUCUAGAUCUGGGUAAGAUCUUAUUAUUACAAAGAGCAGCCAUUGAAAGAAAGAUUAGACUGAGAAGUAAAUCAAAUGUAGUCAGACCAGGAUUACAAGUUUUCAAAACCAAUAAGAAUGUAACACUAGAUCCUAAAGAUAUUCCCGGAUUGAUAGAGGCAGGAUGGCUGGAAGAAAUGGAUAAACUUGCUCAAAAACCUAAACGAGGUCCACAUUAUAAUUUCAUGGUUACUUUAUUUUCCGAAAUGCAGAAUCAUCCAUCAGCUUGGCCAUUUGCAGUACCUGUGAAUCGAGAAGAAGUACAAGAUUAUUAUGAGGUUAUUAAAGAGCCAAUGGAUUUAUCUACUAUGGAACUGAAACUUGAAAAUGAUAAAUAUGAAUCUUUUGAUCAAUUUUUAUAUGAUGCAAAAUUGAUUUUUAAGAAUUGUCGGGCAUAUAAUAGUGAAACUACAACUUAUUAUAAGAAUGCAAAUAAGUUGGAGAAAUUCUUUAAUAAUAAGAUUAAAGAUAGUGCUGAAUAUUCUCAUUACUUAGAGUAG